UUUGACAGUUGUAACCCCGCACGUUUACUGUACGGUGCAUGACCUUUGUGUAUUUGUCCCGGUGACACGGUCAUAUUGUGUAGUUUCGAUUUGCUUUACUUCGAUUUGAAUGUGUUACAAUCAGUCUGUUUUCUCUUUGUGCACACAAUGUAUUGAUACGUAGUAUUUAAUGAGUUCAGUGGAAGACGGAAGUGGAGUUGCCCAAAACCCAGCCCCAGGGCAAGUCCCUGGGGGUCAGUCAGUGAUUGUAAUGGACGGGACAUUACCAGAGAAUUUCAUUCAUGUACUUUCUCCACAAAUGGGUAUUCCAGUAGUUGCAGGUGCCACUACAAGUAGUGCUCCAAUGGCCUUACAACAGAACAUACAAACUAUCACACUGGCCCCAGGAGGAUUUGCUCUACCUGUAUCUCUGGCUUCUGCAUCUAGUUCUGGUGCAUCUACCAAUGGUGGUACCCCACUUGUAGUAACAACAGAUUUGUCAAAACUGCCACAAUUGCAAGUCUCUGGUGCCGGAGUAGACUGGGCCAAUAAACUCAAGGAACUACAGCAGAAUCAAAGAAUUGACAGCCUUGUGCUUCCCAAAGUACAGGACUUUCAGGUUGGAGAUAUACAACAUGCACAGAGAAUGGACAGGUUACGGGAGGAAAGGGAGAAAGCUUUACAAAAUCAGAAACAGCCUUUUGAUGCGAACAAAUUUGAGCCUUGUCUUGUUUGUGGCGAUAGAGCGUCAGGUCGCCAUUAUGGUGCAAUCAGUUGUGAAGGCUGCAAGGGAUUCUUCAAAAGAAGUAUACGGAAACAACUAGGAUAUGCGUGUAGGGGAUCAAAGGAUUGUAUGGUAACCAAACCGAACCGUAACAGAUGCCAGUAUUGUCGGCUACAGAAGUGCCUCAGUAUAGGAAUGAGAUCUGAAUCUGUACAAUCAGAGAGAAAACCGUCUGAUAAAGAGAAGCUGUCACCAACAAUGGUUGCUACAUCAACACAGAAAAUCUAUAUACGCAAAGAUCUACAAAGUCCUUCGACAGCUAUCCCUAUGUUUAAUCCGAGGAGUGAUGAAGAUGAGGUGCAGGGUCAAGCUGCCAACUUGCUGGCUAACUUACAGGAACGACUUGUACAAACUGACCAAGGACCAGUUGUUCUAGGUACACCGACAUCCACUAAUACAGAUCUGAGUACCCUGGCAAACGUGGUUACAACACUCGCAUUGAUGGGUAAACCCGAAAGUGAACAGCCAGUUUCCAAUGGCAACCAGAGUGAUGUGAACCAGUCAGUUGCAAAGGCAUUUGACACACUUGCUAAAGCUAUACAAAAUAGGAACAAUAGUCAGGAUGACAGUUUGUCAGGAGACCAGUCCAAACUGUCAGAUUUUGACACAUCUGCAGAGGACAAUUCCAUUAUCAUGGAUGUUGAUGGACCAUUAUUAACAAGGCAAAAUUUUGUGUUCAGUCUGACUACCCCAUCUCCAAUGCCUGCAUUUCUUAAUGUUCAUUUUAUCUGUGAAAGUGCCUCAAGGUUGCUGUUUCUAUCCAUGCAUUGGACUCGCUCAAUAUCUGCCUUCAACAUUCUCAGUCAAGAUGUUCAGACAUUGUUAGUACGGAGCUGUUGGAGUGGACUGUUUACAUUAGGUCUUGCUCAGCACGCAGAAACCAUGUCUCUCUCUACAAUGCUGAUGGCAAUCUUAAAUCAUCUACAGUCAUCUAUAGAAACUGACAAGAGCCUAGGAGAUCGUGUGAAGUCUGUUAUUGAACACAUUCUCAAGUUACAAAGUUAUAUGCAGAAGAUGCAGGCAUUACAAGUGGACAACCAGGAAUAUGCAUACCUUAAAGCGCUGCUUCUAUUCUCUCCAGACAACCCAUCCCUGCCAAAUAUAGCGCAGAUAGAAAAAUUUCAGGAAAGAAUACAGAAAGAAUUACAGCAGUAUCUGCAAGAGUCCCACCCAGACAGUCCUGAUAGACUGGCCAAACUUUUACUGAGGUUGCCUCCCUUACAAGCUCUUCAAGCAAACAUAAUGGAGGAACUGUUUUUUGCUGGUUUGAUUGGAAAUGUUCAGAUUGACAGUAUUAUACCUUACAUUUUACGUAUGGAGACUGCUGAAUAUAACUCACAAAUGGCAAGUCAAGGACUUGCAUCGUCUAUGGGUUUUGCAGCUUCAUCAGAGAUUGCGAAUGUUUUGAAUUCACAAAGUGAUCUGACGACUGGACAGUCAGUGUUUUUAAGUCCACAGAUGAUAGUGACCCAAGCUGGAAUCACAACAGAUGCAAACUUAACCAGUUGAUCUUUGUUAUAAUUGUUGCAGUUAUUUGUUAUUAUUGAAAAGUUAUUAUCUCAGUGCAAAACUAUUAUAUCUGUUUCUCUAUAUAUCUAUAUAGUUACAAUUGUUUUGCACUGAGGCAGUGAUAGGUAACAUAGUUACGUUUUUAUCUUUGUUGGUGAAAUAUAUUAAUUGGAUCAAAUAAACUUACUUAUAUUAGCAAAUACAAAGUUUAAAGCUUGGGCAAAAUUUAAUUGUGUUAAGACAAAAA